AGAAAAAUUAAGCGGCACAGAUACUUUUUAAAUCCCGCCUAAAUCCUUCACAUCCCUCGCGUUGGCGAACAUAUAUCACACUUUGCUCCUCGCUUUGUAUCAUUAGCACUGCUGCUUCUUUCAUUCCAUAUUCCAUUUUCUCAUCUCUCUCACUAUCAUCACUUCUGCUUCUUCAACCUCGCUUAACCUCAGGUUUGAAUCAACGAUCAGAAUGAAAGGACUCAAGAAAAUCAUCGAAACUUCAACUGCUGAUAGUCGUGACAGGCUUGCUGUGAAGCGAAAGACUAAGAAGGAUAAGGUAGCCAAGGAUCCUAACAAGCCUAAGAGGCCGGCAACUGCUUUCUUCAUUUUCAUGGAGACCUUUCGAGCUGAGUUUAGGGAAAAUAAUCCUGGAAAUGCAAAUCAGUCUUUUGGUACAGUUGCUAAAGCUGGGGGUGAGAAAUGGAAGUCAAUGUCACAGGCUGAGAAAGCUUCGUAUGUAGCUAAGGCGGAGCAGAGGAAGAAGGAAUAUGAAAAGAAAAUGCAAACCUAUGAAAGGGAACAGGCUGGGUCUAAUGAUGAGGGAUCGGGUAACUCCAAGUCCGAGGUUUAUGAUGCAGUUAAGGGUAAAGAUGAUGAAGAUGAUGCUUGAGGAAUGUGUUGUUGAAGGAGGACUUGCUUUACUUUCUGAUAAUAGAGUACCCUGUAGAUAUAUGAUGUUGCUGCUAGUACACCUCGCAAUUUCUCCUGCAAUCUCCCUGUUUCCCCUUAUAUUGUAGUAGAAAUCAGAGACUUAAUAUGCACAGGAAUGGGGAUGUAAGUAUUUGUUUGCCUCAUGUUUUUACAUAAUGCUAAUGAAGUAAUUCUAGUAAAUGAAUUUCUUUUAGAAACAGUUGUUACUUGUUACCAUUACCAGAAUAUUUUGUGGAUUUAUUUACUGCUGCUACUAGGUUUAGUGUUAUUAGCUGCAAGUUUAAUGUAAGGGUUUUGGCCGUGGUCUUGCAACAUUCUUCUGCAUGUUAGUUGUUCCUGUAGUUUUGUAAA